UCAUCUUCUGAUCAAUAACAACCGAGCCAAACAAGUUUUCGUUAUCACGAAAAAGGAAGGCUGCAUCGGAUAUAGCGUAUUUGUGCUGACUAAUAAUUCGAGACGACAUAUCGGAGUGAUUUAACUGCUAACGCAAACAAUGGGGAAUCAGUUAGUGGGCGUGGCCCCAUCGCAGAUUUCCCCCGUGGACAGCUAUCUGACGGGUUCGUUCGAAUCGGGUUUGCAGUAUGAGUCCAGCAUGGGCAGCACACGAUUCCUCAAGGUGGCUCGAGCAAAAACUGACGAAGGUCUUGUGGUGGUGAAAGUGUUUGUGAAACACGAUCCUACGCUCCCGCUGGAGGAACACAUCGACGAAAUAAAGAGCAUCAAAAAGAGUCUGGUGCAUGCGGUUAAUUGCCUGCCUUUUCAGCGAGUGAUAAUAACCGAUCGUGCCUGUCUGAUUGUCCGCGAGUACAUAAAACACAGCCUGUACGACCGAGUCUCAACCCGUCCUUUUCUCACCACGAUCGAGAAGAAGUGGAUCACAUUCCAGAUCCUGUGCGCAAUGCAUCAGUGUCACAAGCAGAAAAUAUGCCACGGAGACAUCAAACUGGAGAACAUUAUGAUUACGGCCUGGAACUGGACGCUGCUGUCUGAUUUCGCCUCGUUCAAGCCGACCUUCCUGCCGGAGAACAAUCCGGCGGAUUAUAACUUUUUCUUCGACACGAGCCGUCGCAGGACUUGUUACAUUGCGCCCGAGCGGUUCCUCAAAUCCCCGAGCGGAGAGUCGAUAUCGCAGAAGUUGGAUGGCGGUCCACUUGUUGGGGAUGGUCCGUGUCAAAUUGGGAGUUUGCAGCCCGAAAUGGACAUCUUCUCGGCGGGAUGCGCCUUGCUGGAACUGUGGACCGAAGGGACCGCACCGUUCGAGUUCUCCCAGCUGUUGGCUUACAGACGCGGGGAGGUGGAGCUGGUCAACAAACAUCUCGAUUGUAUCGAAGACGAGAGGUUGAAGAGCUUACUCCAAUCGAUGCUGAGUCCCAAACCGAAGGAUAGGAAGUCUGCCGAGAUUUAUCUGGAUCAGGAGAGGGGAAACUUGUUUCCGGAAUAUUUUUAUUCGUUUCUGCAGUCUUACCUGCAAAUGUUUCCCGUCGUUCCGGCGGAUGAGAAGAUUACGCGGCUGCGUACGGAUAUUGAUCAUAUAAUUGAAAUUGUGACCGAACGGGAGCAACAGCAGGACAAAUGUGUCGAAGAAAAGCGGAUAGACAACGAUGGGCUGAUUUUGAUAAUUGCGGUGGUCACAUCCUGUAUCCGAGGGCUCAAAUUCUGUGGCUCAAAGCUUUCGUCGUUGGAAAUACUGGAGAAAAUAUCGGAAAAUACAACUUCCGAAGCUAUCCUGGAUCGCAUACUUCCGUACAUUCUUCAUCUCACACAGGACAAUAUUUCACGCGUUCGUGUUCGUGCCCUCGAUUCACUGACCCACUGUCUUGGACUGGUCAAAUAUCUCACCCGUUGCAACGCGAAUGUAUUUCCGGAUUAUAUCUUCCCGGCGAUAACCCCCCGUGCGUCUGAUGAUUCCGUCAUGGUUAAAGUAACGUACGCUAAAAACAUCGCCACAUUGGCGGAAACGGCGGUCAACUUUCUCGAACAGUGCCAUUUCGGCAGCAACUCAGAAAAUCACCCAUCGCCACAUUAUGACACCGAACUCAAUGCUGUGCACAAUGUUCUCCAGCCUUCGAUACUUGCGCUGCUGACUUCCACCCAGCCAAUUGUCAAGCAGAUGCUCAUCGAAUCGGGCAUCACAAAACUGUGCGUUUUCUUCGGCCGUCAGAAGGCGAACGAUAUUAUUCUAUCGCACAUGAUCACCUUCCUGAACGACAAAGACGACAAAAAUCUGCGCGGUUCCUUCUUCGACUGCAUCGUGGGAGUGGCUGGCUACGUCGGCUGGCAAUGUUCCCCGAUGCUGACCCCCCUACUACAGCAGGGCCUCUCCGAUCCGGAGGAGUUCGUGAUCGCGAAAGCGAUCCGAGCGACCACUUCGUUGAUCGGACUGGGUUUGAUCCAAAAACCGGGCAUCAUCGAGUUCAUCGCCGAGUGCGCAUGCUAUCUGAACCACCCCAAUCUGUGGGUGCGGCAUGAAAUCUGUGGCCUGAUCGCAACCUCGGCCCGGGUGCUCAGUCCGCUGGAUGUGCAGUGUAAGAUAAUGCCCUCGAUUGCGAACCACCUCAAGGCUCCGCUGAUACAGGUUGAGAAGCCGGAGCUGCUGAUGGACAGCUUGCUGGCGCCGAUUCCGCGGAGCAUCUUCGAUGCGGUCAUCAAGUGUCACGACAUCAACCAGCUGAUCGAGAAUUUGAGGGAGAGGAAAAUGGCGCGCACCAGAUGCAGCGAAGGGUUCAUUCCGCAGUAUGGGGAGGUGUCCACGCAGAUGAAAAAUCUCUUCCGUCGCUUGACAACAGAAGGGCUGACUGAUCUCAUCGAAACCCAGCUGCUAUCGAUGAGUGCCCACCUGAUCAAGCUGCAUCGUUACAAAAUGGCAGAAACACGCCUCGUUCCGUGCAAUGGCCGAAUUUGCCUCGAUUCCAAUCCGGAUAUCGUGCACGAAAUCAACCUCGGUGACCGUAUUGGCAAGAGCAGCGAUCCGAUAGCCAAAAUCAAACGCCGUAGUGAAUCCGACAAUACUCAAGACUGGCAGCACAUGUUCUCGACCGUUGACUCACAUUCCCCAUCGCCUACGUCCCCCUCCAACGGCUCGGUUGCUUCCGUCCUGACCGCCGCUAAGCUCGUUCCACCUCCACAGUCUACUCCCACGUCCAGUCUGGUGGAGUACAGCAUGCCGGAACGUACCGCAAUGCAGGAGCUGUCCACCGAAUGCCGAGUCGAAUUUGACGCUCUCAUCACCAAGAUGAAGGCGAGAUACGCAUCUUAUGCACUGAACAAAGAACUUCGCGAUCCUGCACUGAACAUGUCACCGCUAUCGGCUGGCUGUAAAUUGAACGGAACACUUGUCGCGCACUUACAUGAACACAAGGCCGCUGUGAGUAGGAUGACUGCCUUGAAACCAUAUGGAUCACUAUUCGCCAGUGCUUCGAUCGAUGGCACAGUGCGAUUGUGGGAUUGUAACAAGCUGGAUGGCCAGCAAUCGAUUAACCGCUCGCGACAGUCAUACCACGCCAACACGCCUUUGCAUGCAAUUGCUGCCUGUGACAGUGGUCAAUCGCUUGCGAUUGCUGGUAAAGAUGGCGCUCUGCUUCUGCUGAAAAUAGACACCCACUCCAGCAAAAUGGCACUCCAACAGGCACGUCACCUAGACUCGAAUACAAGGGUGGACCGAGCCAACGGUGAUCAUCAGGAUGAUGGUCCUGUGGUGGAGAUGCAACCAUUGGACCAAGGAGCCCAGAGUGUAAUCGUGUAUGCCACUCUAUACGGUGCACUGGUUGGAUGGGACAUCCGAAUGCCAGGCUAUGCCUGGCGGCUAGAAAGCGACCUUCGGAAGGGUGUGAUAACCACUUUCUGCGUAGAUCCAACCAGCUCUUGGCUUACGGUCGGCACCAGCAGCGGUCGCCACAUAUGCUGGGAUCUGCGAUUUCGUCUACCAAUUGCGGAGAUCAAACAUCCGCACGAUUCCAGGAUCCGUCGCGUCUCGCAUCAUCCCACGGAACCGUCUUGGCUGGUAUCGGCCUCCCAGGGGAACAAUGAAGUAUACGUGUGGAACAUCGAAACCAGUCAUCGACAGCAGGCUUUCUGGGCCAGCCCGAAUCCACCACUAUCGAACGCUAACGUAUCGUCACAUUCCGUUUGUGCCCUCGUCCCUGGGGUGGUGGAUGGCAACGGAUUCCUGCUGACUGGUGGGACCGAUCAGCGGAUACGCUACUGGGACCCUGUUAAUGUGGAAAACUGCUCGCUGGUCGUGCCAGCUCCGAGAGAUUACCUAACUACUUCCAACAUUUCUUAUGAGUCUCGUUUGAUAGACGGUACGAGGGUGACUUCAGAGAUUCACUACAACAGCAGCCAACAGGGGGGUCAGGGUGGUGGACUCGAUCGCAACUCCCGGGCAGGCUCGGAAGAUGCACCGCGAUCGGGACCAGAAAUGCCCGCUCCCGGACAUCACGACGUGAUCAGUGACCUGUUGAUGUGUCGAACGUCGAAGCAGACGUUCGUCGUGUCCAGCAGUCGGGAUGGUGUGAUUAAGCUAUGGAAGUGAAUUUACACAUACAUAUUUGUUGUAGAUUUUUUUCUUUUUCUUUUAACGCUAGUAAACGUUUGUGACAUCGGUUGUGUUUUUGUAUUGA